CGACCAUCGAGGAAAUGCCACGUCAGGGAUGAGAUUCGAUUACAUAAUAUAAAGGGGAAUUGGCCAGGUUCUCAUUCCCAGAUGGCGAGCUACAGACUAACCCACGAACCUAGAUCGGGAAACUUGUGCAACAAGUGAACUGCACCUGCUCUGGUCGGGCCGGUAGGAGGCUUAUAGCCAGUCUCUUUUGCCUCGCAACCUUACUUUACCCCAACUCUACCUCCACUCCGCCCCUACUCUACCUCUCAUCGUUAGGUCAAAUUGACCCAGCCACAAUCUACCUCCAACACUUUAUAAAAUGACUGUUUGAACUUCUGCUGCUUGCAGUAUAUAGACUGAGGGGGGGUUGUGGGCAUUUGAACUAUCACUGAAUGAACUUUAUUAUUGGAUUUCACUGAUCAAUUUGAUUUGUUAUUUGUGUAUGGCCAUUGUUUGUCUAUUGUGUUUCUAUUGUGUUACAUGGUUUUAAUAUAUGGUACCAACUGCAGCAUACUGUCUCUGUCACUCUCUCCUUGAGCCGAAUUCCUAGUCUUCUGAUCCUAGCCCAAGGUAUUAGCAUUAUAACUCGGGUCUUUACCCCAUAUACCUGUUACAUAAAGUGGCGAGCUAGCCAGGAGAGAGUGUACAGAGCAGUGUUGGGUAAAUAUAUUUUGUAAAACUGGAUAACAUGGACAUAUUGGAGGAACGGGGUGUUAAAAUACCAAACGCUGUUCUAGUCAAAGAUAUCACAAAAGGUACAACCGCAGAUGAAGUGUGUACAUUUCUGGCAGAGUAUGGGAAAAUUUCAAAAGUAGAAUUCAUUGACAAAUUAACCCCUGCAUUACACCAUGUACUCAUUGUUGAAUAUAAUUCGGGUGCUGCAGUAAUUGAAUUACGCAAGAUACUGCCAUAUACUCACAUUUGCGAAAUUACCCAAGCGACACACACUAUCUGUGACUUAGCUGCUGUUUGUGCCGAGGAAUUGAGUAAAGCACAGACGCUAACUUACCUCUCUGAAUUACAAAAAUUGGCUAAAAUUACGGGUAAAGAUUACGCUACGGUUUUAACUGGGGUGAUGUCUCUGCUCGGGCAGUCCGUAACUGGGCACUGUUCGAGCUCUGGUCAAGUGAAGAUGCCGCCUGAUGGGGAGAGUGAAGAUACUGGGCCGUCUGAAGAGCACUCACACCAUCACUCUGACCCAGCAGCCCAGUACACACCAAGACCAAGAUCCGCCUUCCCAGCGGAGGCUGCUCCAGAGUUCAAUCCACCGGAAGUGCAACGCUAUGUCGUGGAGCACAUAGUCAAGAAUGACGACUUAUCUCUACAUAGCUCAUCACAUAGGCUCAGAGCGUUUUCCGGGAGAUUACCAAGACCCCAGCAUGAAUCUGACUAUGACACGUGGCGUUCAGGUGUUGACCUCCUCCUAAAAGAUUCCUCUGUCUCUGAUCUGCAGCGGUCUCGCAAAAUCUUUGAGAGUCUACUUCCACCAGCGGCCGACACUGUAAAACAUUUAAGAGCAGACACGCCUCCAGUGACCUACCUUCAAAUCCUUGAUUCCGCCUACGGGACAGUCCAGGAUGGUGAUGAACUGCAUGCAAAAUUUAUGGAUACAUUCCAGGAUGCUGGUGAAAAGCCCUCUACUUAUUUACAGCGCCUGCAAGUCGCUUUGCAUUUGACAGUGAAGAGGGGGGGUGUACCAGCCACUGAGACCGACCGAUUUCUGCUUAACCAAUUCUGUCGAGGCUGCUGGGACAACACUUUAAUCUCCGAGUUACAGCUGAAACAACGCAAGUCAAAUCCACCCACCUUUGCUGAGUUUCUAUUGCUACUUCGUACAGAAGAAGAUAGGGAAGCUGCUAAAGCAUUGAGAAUGAAACAACAUCUAGGCUCAGCCAAACCCCGAGUCACCACUCAUGCUCAGUAUGCUUACACAGCCACAGAAGAGAAAGUCCCUCGUGACCCUUUAACCACAAUCACACAACAGCUUACUAAGCAGCUAGCUGAUAUCCAGAAACAACUCGCAUUGUUAACAGCUGCUCAGGCCAGUCCCAGACAGUCCACGCCCUCAAAGUCCACGCACGCCAGUAAGCCGGGAAACCCAAGCAGAAACUCUGGUCCGAAGCCGGGCUAUUGCUUCCAGUGUGGCGAGGAUGGGCACAUUAAAUCAAACUGUGACAAUGAUCCAAACCCAUCACUCGUGGCUGCCAAGAAAAGACAGUUUAAUCAGAAACAGCAGAAGUGGCAGAAAUCAAGCAACCAGUCUUUAAACUAGAACGAGUUCCUGUGGAGGGACACUCAGGAACUGAAGAGGACUCACAAUGUCCCGCAAAUCAGGAAGCUAUGAAGUGUCUCACAUUAAAUCAGUCCAUACGAUCCAAUAAGUCUCGCCUUCCCAAAGGGCUGAUUGGGUCCAGGUGUACUGCCCAAGUGAGCCUUGCUGGUCAGAACUGUCAGUGUCUACUUGAUACUGGAUCCCAAGUGACUACUAUCCCAGUCUCAUUUUAUAAUAAACAGUUGUCACACCAACCUGUAAAACCCCUCUGCGAUCUGUUACACGUCGAGGGAGCCGCUGGACAAUCUGUGCCAUACCUUGGUUAUGUAGAAGUCACCAUCACAUUCCCUCAAGAUUUCCUGGGCACAGAGUUUGAUAUUGACACUUUGGCCUUAGUAGUCCCAGAUGUACAUCCAGGACUUCAGUCACCAAUUUUAAUUGGAAUGAACACGCUUGACCCACUCUACGAACAACAUGCAGAAACUGAAUUUGCUAACUUCAAACCAACCCUGCAUGGGUAUCGAGCCGUUUUAAAUUUGCUUCAAAUUCGGCACCAGAAGAGUCAAGGAGGCAGUGAGGGAGUUGUACAGUUGGCCAACGAUGCUCCUGUUCUAAUCCCGGCAAGCCAAACUGUUGUUGUGGAGGGUUCUGUCAGUAACAUCUCAGCCCUUUCCGCCAGUUAUGCCCUGGUAGAGCAUCCUGCCACGCCACUGCCUGGAGGUCUGUGUGUGCACAAAUGUCUCGUCACAUUGCCAAGUCACUCACAUCGCAAGGUCCCAAUCAUCCUUACUAAUGAGUCAGAGCAGAACGUAACCAUACCACCUCUGAGUACCAUUGCCGAGCUUGUAGUGGCACCGCAGAUCCUAUCCCAUCAUGUCACCUCUGAUUCUCCACUGUUCAAAGAUCAUCCAAACCCCAUACAGUUUGAUUUUGGGAACUCUCCAAUCCCUCCAGAAUGGAAGGACCGAAUCAUCCAAACAUUGAGAACCAUACCUGAAGUUUUUGCUCAUCAUGAUUUAGACUUUGGACGAACUGACAAGGUGAAACACAAAAUAAAUCUUCAGGAUGAAACUACUUUUAAGCAUCGAGCCCGUCCAAUUCACCCUAAUGACAUCGAAGCCGUC